AAAUGUAAGCGCUAUAAACCAGAAUCAAUUCUUCUGCUGUUUCAGAGCAGCUAAGUAGAACCUAAGGACCCACUGCAGCAGCAAAGAAUGGUGGCUGCAUGACAGUUUUUCUCUGAAUGUGAUAGUUAAAAUGCCCUCCAGUCCAGCGCUGUCGUACAUGAAAAGAAAUGACACAGUUUAUCAAAUGUUAAAUAACUUUUGAACCAUAAAUCGUUGCCUCUUACUUGUUUUUCCUCUUGAAGCUAGCUGUUGUGCCUUUCCUUUGAUGCUACUGAUGCCUUUGACUCCAUUGUGGCAGCAUUUUCAGCGUGCCUGGAACUCAUGUGACUUUUCAGGACUUUAAAGAGGGGCUCUCCCCACCAAUCAUUGGUUCUAAGUCCCAAAAUAGUUCAAGAUGAGCAAGUCCCCGACCCCCAAGAGCACCCCGGUGCAGCGCAGCCCCAGUGAUGGGGUCCCUGAGGGCCUCCAGUCACCUCAGCACUCCACGCCAGGCUCUGGACCCCAGCACAAGAAGCGGAUCUCCAGCCUCCUGCAAAGUCCGUCAUUCAGGGAGGAGCUGGAUGUGCUGAUCCAGGAGCAGAUGAAGAAGGGUGGCAGCUCAUCCAACCUCUGGGCACUGAGACAGCUGGCUGAUUUUAUGGCCUCACAUGGCUCUCCAGCAGCCCUGCCUGUCACUCCCUCUAACAUGAUGAUGGUGACGCCCAUCAAUGACCUACACGGAUGGGAGCCUGGCACCAUGGUGAAGGGGGAGAGAUUGAUGCGCUGCAAGCUGGCAAGCACCCAUCGCCUGUUUGACCUCUUUGGCUGGGUGCAGAUCAGCCACACAUGUCUGACGCUGCGUGUGAGCAAAGAGCAGGAACACUUCCUGGUGCUUCCAGACGGACUGUCUUACAGUGAAGUGACUGGAUCCAGUCUGGUAAAGGUGAACAUCCUGGGUGAGGUGGUGGAGAAAGGCAGCACCAACCUCAGUGUGGACACAGAGAAGUUCAGCCUUCACUCGGCCAUCUACUCGGCCCGGCCUGAUGUUCGCUGCCUGCUUCACCUCCACACACCGGCCACGGCUGCGGUUUCAGCGAUGAAGUGCGGCCUCCUGCCUCUCUCCCAUGAGGCUCUGCUGGUCGGUGAUGUGGCUUAUUAUGACUACAAUGGAGCCAUGGAGGCAGAGGAGGACAGAGUGGAGCUGCAGAAGAGCCUUGGGCCAACCUGUAAGGUUCUGGUGCUGAGGAAUCAUGGCAUUGUGGCUCUGGGAGAGUCUGUGGAGGAGGCCUUCUACACCAUCUAUCACAUCCAGGCUGCCUGCCAGAUUCAGGUGACAGCUUUGUGUUCAGCUGGUGGUGAACAGAACCUGAUCAUGCUAGACCGGGCCAUCCAUAAACCAAACAUAGCCGGCACCGUGGGCUGGGCUGGCUCCACUUUUGGACCGCUGCACAAGAGCCGCCUUGGGGAGCAUGAGUUUGAGGCCCUCAUGAGAACUCUGGAUAACCUGGGCUAUCGUACAGGCUACGCCUACCGUUUCCCUGUGCUGCUGGAGCGAUCGCGGACAAGGAGGGAGGUGGAGGUGCCUGCAACCGCCACCACAUUUUACCAGUUUGACGACGACGGAGUCCACCCUGCUCUGAGGCAGCACCCGUUUGCUCAGCGCCAGCAGCAGGAGAGGACCCGAUGGCUAAACACCCCAAACACCUACCAAAAAGUCAGCCAGGAGCAGGCCAGCCCAGGACACCAACGCACUACUUGGUUGAAAACAGAAGAAGUGACCCAGGCUGGCAGCACAGCCAUCAAGAUCGAGAACCCAAACCAGUUUGUACCUCUUUUCACCAACCCUCAAGAGGUCAUCGAGACACGCAACAAGAUCCGACAGCAGAAUCGUCAAGACAUGAAGACAGCAGGACCACAGUCCCAAGUCCUUGCCAGUGUAAUAACAGUCGACAGUCCUCCGUCUCCAGUCAGCCCGCCUAAACUUCCACCUGAGCCAGAACCUCCCAACCCCUUCAACCAGCUUACAGACCAGGAGCUGGAGGAGUACCGCAAGGAGGUGCAGAGGAAACAGGAUGGAGGGACUGAUGGGGAGGAGGUGGCAGAUGACAAGGAGUCUUCCCCUGCUACCUCCCCCUCAAAGGGCCCUCCCCUCGCAGAGGAGGCAAAACCGGACGCUCCAGCCAUACAGAACGGAGGCGAGGAGGAGAAGCAGACGACGGAGGAACUGGAGAAAGGAAUGAAGGCCCUCACGACCAAUGACACCUCCUCCACACCUGCAGCUCCGCCCGCUAAACCGCAAGGUGGCACCCCUGAAGGCUCUCCCUCCAAGUCCCCGUCCAAGAAGAAAAAGAAGUUCAAGCCUCCUUCGUUCCUGAAAAAGAGCAAAAAGCAGAAGGAAAAGGCAGAAACCUGAAGAGCUGGGACAGAAAGACCUUGGUGAAAACCUAUUGUGAAACAUUUGUUAGUGUAUGACGGAUGAGUUCACCACAUCAGAGCUAUACAAACACAGGCAGUUAAGAUGUCAUUCUCAGACACGGCGUGCUAACUCUAAUACUUAACUGUAAGAAAAGUACUCACUUACUACAGCAAUGUGGUGAUUCAUCUAACGCAGGCUGAAAACACUAAUAAUUGCUUUCACAUAUGAUUUCACUGAGGUCUGAUAUAUCACACUACGUCUCGUCACACAAACACAGCGCCCUGUACUACUCACGUCUUUUUUCACCUGCUGUGCUAUCAAACCAUUACCUAACUUCACUGUGUAGACGGUCAUACAUGUUCCUUUCUAACACUGGGGGUUACUCAUGUGAUCCAUGCACUUCAGCUUCAUUUCUUACCAUUUUUAUAUCCACAAUGCAACUAUACAUCUCUUUGAAUUAUGCACCCUUUCUCCAUGUAUCUGCACUUACCACAUGUAUAUUUACAUUUUAGUAUGUUGCAUUUGUUGACCAUCAUAGGCAUCCUCUAGUCAUGGUUUGGUUCUAUUUAUCAGAUAGAUGUUGCAGGUAUACUAUGUGAGCACCGGUGCAGUAUGUGUAGAAGAAAUAUACUCCUAGCUACUGAUUGUGCUCUUCUGAAUGCUGGUUUUGUGUUAAACUAACAGCCUAUUGAAAUUACUACAGCAGGGAUGAACAAUGAAAAAAAGAGCGGGAAAAUAUACUGGCUUACAACAAAACACAAUCCGCCAUAAAAGCCACCAUGAGCCCAAAAAAGUGAUAAAGCAUAAAGAAUUUGUUGCUUGCCGAUGCAGUCUGAAUACCAGUAAUAGGAUACUGAAGGUACUAAACAUUCCACUUUUCUCAUUUUCUUUUAUUGUAUGUGUGCAAAAUACCUCCUAACAGUUGUAAUUAUGUUCUGUUUUAAGUAGCUUUUAGCAAAAAUGCUGAUGUGCGAUGUUUGCAUCAUGGUUUUAAUUUAUUUUUUCAUUAGGAUGUAUAAGUGAGUGUUGCAAGGUUACCAUGUAUCAGUCAUUAAAGGUCAACUUUGAUUUC